ACUUCAACUCCAAUUCAUUAAAAAUUGUAAACAUCUGUGGUGUUGAAAGAGUCGUCAUCGUCAUAUGUCAUAUGCUAGUUAUCUUGUUCCGGAAGUUAAGUUUAAUCGAUUUAAUUAUGAAUAUUAUAGCUGUUUCAAUAUAGUGAACAGUUGUCAAUAAUAAUAUUCUAGACAGGAAAAAAAUGUAAAACACACUUCUAUAUAUGGUUUCUACAGCAAUAUUUAGAAAAUUAUGACUUAAGACUUUCUCAGAAGUUACUCAUCACUUAUCAAUUACUUGAGGAAUUUUUCAGUUUUUCUAAUGGAAAAUACAGACAUGCCAAUUACCGUAAAAAUUAAUGACUGCUUGCCAGACAUAGCUUUAUGUCCCUUGAAUACAUCAAGUGCUUCAGACAGCACACUUGAAGGAGAACCCCUAAUAAAUAAAAUGGAUUCUGAACCAUGUUGCAGUGUGAAUAUUUUUCCUGAAGAUCUUGAAUUUACAGCCGUGAUUCGAGAAGCAGAACAUGCCAUUAUUCAUGGGGUUAUACCUGAGCGUAUAUACCAAGGUUCCAGUGGUAGUUAUUUUGUAAAGAAUGUAAGCAGUGUAAAAAUUGGAGUAUUUAAACCUAAAGAUGAAGAACCUUAUGGAAGAUUAAAUCCUAAAUGGACCAAAUGGAUGCAUAAAAUCUGUUGUCCUUGCUGCUUUGGUCGAAGUUGUUUAGUACCCAAUCAAGGUUAUCUAUCUGAAGCUGGAGCUUCCUUGGUAGAUCAAAAGCUUCAGCUGAAUAUUGUUCCAAAAACGAAAGUUGUCCGGCUAGUUAGCGAAUCUUUCAAUUAUUCUGCCAUCGACAAAGCUAAAUCGAGAACAAAGCGCAACAUAGUUGAAAAGUUCCCGCGAUAUCGUUGCCACUUUAAUCGCAUUGGCUUGCCUCCUAAAAUAGGAUCUUUUCAAUUGUUUGUAGAAGGUUAUCAAAAUGCUGAUUAUUGGUUGCGAAUUUUUGAUUCUGAGGCCCUGCCAGAAGAUUCGCAAAAGAAAUUCCAUUUACAGUUUGAAAGAUUAGUUGUCUUAGAUUACAUCAUUCGAAACACUGAUAGAGGAAAUGAUAAUUGGCUUGUAAAAUAUGUCAAGGUUAAUGAAGCAGGAGAUGGUAGUGGCAAAAUUCUAAAGCCUGAAAUCAAAAUAGCUGCCAUAGAUAAUGGUUUGGCUUUUCCAUUUAAACAUCCAGACUCUUGGAGGGCUUAUCCAUUCCAUUGGGCUUGGUUACCUAUGGCAAGAAUUCCUUUUUCAUCUGAAACGAGAGAUCUAAUUUUACCCCAGUUAUCUGAUAUGAAUUUUGUUCAAGAGUUGUGUGAUGACCUUUAUGAAUUGUUUAGUAUAGACAGAGGAUUCGACAGAAAUAUAUUUGAAAAGCAAAUGUCUGUAAUGAGAGGUCAGAUUUUGAAUUUGACUCAAGCUUUAAAGGAUGCAAAAUCUCCCCUUCAGUUAGUCCAAAUGCCAGCAGUGCUGAUUCAAAAAAGUCAAGGUAGGGAUAAAGGUAGAGCUAGAAGCUCAAGUGAAAAUUUUACUCAGACUUUUCAAAGUAAAUCUCCAUUUUUUUCCUGGUGUUGAAAAAUUUGCUAUUAGACCAUAAUAAAAUUAUAAAGUCUAUAACCCAAUUUUCUGCUAACAUUUCAACACUCUCAAUAUGAAAAAAUGUGACCUGAAUGAAAAUUGUGUCAUUGAUUUGUUUUCCUGAGAAAGUUAAGAUUGUGUCUAGACUUGUCCAUGUACAGAAUUCCUGUUUUGUUUUGCGCUUCUGUUUUAUGUUACACUGUUCCAUAAACUUGAUAUAACAUUCCAUUCAUUAUGUGCUAUACACUGAAUACAUUUACUACAGCCUGAUGAAAUAAACUUUUCAAUCAUGGUUUGUAAAUAGUAAACCUGUUUUGAACUUUUUCAAUUUAUUGAAUCAUGUGAUACAAUGGGAAUUUUAUGCACUUUCCUACCAAAGCUGUUAUUGGUAAACUAUGCAAAUUCAUAGAUUGUUUUAAGAUUGUUUUGUUAAAGUGGUUUGCGGUAGUUUUUCUUUGAAAAUAAAUUAAAUAUUAUUAUUAUUAUUUAGAAUUUAUUUUACAUAGUAAAUCUUAAUAAAAGUAUGAAUGCUUCCUAAAGCAUUUUCACUAUUUAUUACAUAACAUGUGCUGAAGCUGUUAUUCCAAUAAAAAUAUUUCAAGUUAA